AGGCGGGGCGGAACUCUGUUGAGUGACGGCGUUGCUGAUCCGGGCUUGUGUGUUUGCGCGGGAAAGUGUGUUGCAAGUUUCAGAGUUCUAUCUCUAUCUGUGUCUGUGUCUCCGCGUUCUAUCGGUGUGUCUCUGCGUUCUAUCGGUGUGUCUCCGGGUUCCAGCGCGGACAGCGAUGGACCCCUCGGAGGUGGAGUUUAUUGCGGAAAAACAGACUGUCUCAAUCAUACCCAACUUUAGCCUGGAUAAAAUCUAUUUAAUUACCGGCGAUUUGGGACCUUUCAAUCCCGGGCUUCCUGUCGAUGUGCCUGUGUGGCUGGCUAUUAAUCUAAAGCAGAGACAAAAAUGCAGAAUCAUUGCACCAGAAUGGAUGGAUGUGGAAAAACUUGAGCAAAUCAAGGAACAGGAGCGUAAAGAGGAAACUUUUACCCCAAUGCCCAACCCUCACUACAUGGAACUGACUAAGUUGCUGUUGAAUCACGCCUCGGACAACAUUCCCAAAGCCGAUGAAAUCAGGACUUUAAUCAAAGAUACUUGGGAUACCCGGAUAGCAAAGCUUCGGUUGUCUGCAGAUAACUUUGUGAACCAACAAGAGGCCCACGCUAAGCUGGACAACCUGACUCUAAUGGAAAUUAACACCAUUGGGACUUUCCUCACCGAGUCACUGAACCAGAUGCACAGACUCUGCACCAACCUACAGCCCGGAGAGACGGCACAGUCACAGGACUAUUGAGCUGCCUUCAUUUCAGGUGGUGACUGUCUGACAGCGAAAGGUCUGCAGAGUGGAAAGACAGGCGCAGGAUCCACAGCCGGGCAAUUGCUCCUCCCCCCCUCCUCCUGCGUUCCAUCCUCUGGCUUCACAAUUCACAACUCUUCAACCCGUCUGUUUCACACCUGCUGUAAUCGCUGAGCUUUGUCCUGCCCCUCCUCUCUAAAAGCUUUCUAACCACUUCCUCCCCCUCCUACAAUCAGUCUGAAGAAGGGUCCAGACCCGAAACAUUGCCUAUCCAUGUUUUUUAAAGACUCUACCUGACCUGCGGAGUUGCUCCAGCAUUGUGUGUCCUUUCGGACGAUUGCUUCUGAUGUUUAAUGGACCACUCUCUACAACUUCAUCUGACUCCAUCAGUAUUUCCUUAACCUCCCGUUAUACACCGUUUCCCUCAAUUACUCAUGUAAUUGUGAGUUUGUGUGCACGUGAGUGUGUGCACACAUGUGAAGAAUUCCUGAAUUCCCUGCUUUAUUUAUUAGGGUUGAUGCCCUAUAGCUCAGCUAUCUUCUUCCCCCCCACCCCCCUGCUCUUAUAUUUACACCCUCCCCUGUCAAGACCCUGAAUUUCCAUUUGGUUCUGCCUCAGUAUUAAUUUUUCUGUGAAGAUCUGUAAGUUAAUCAUUCAGACUUCAAGAAGCCAGCCUGCAAUCAAUCAAAAGUAUCAAUAGUCUUGUGGUCAGAUGCCAUGGCUACUCCUGGCAGGGGCAAGCCGUUUGUAGGUGCCACCCGCAGUGUCCAGAUCUGUGACCAGAGACACGGUGCCAGUCGAUGGAAACUCCAGCAGCAGAGGAGGGGAUUGUAGCAGCCUCAUCCCUUGAGACCUUGCUGAAGAUCAGGCACACUGAUCAAAUGAUGGAUCUCUUGCAGUCGUUAAACAAAUAAGCUGUUAACACUGGACAGCACGGUGGCACAGUGCUAAAGUUGCUGCCUUCCAGCUCCAGAGACCCGGGUUCAAUCUUGAUACGGGUGCUGCCUGUACAGUACCAAGUUUGUACGUUCUCCCUGUGACCUGCGUAAGUUUUCUCUGGGUGCUGCGGUCUCCUCCCACAGGUUAAUUGGCUUCGGUAAAAUUGUACAUGUGGGAUCGUUGGUCGGUGCGGACUCGGUGGUCCGAAGGACCUGUUUCCGUGCUGUAUCUCUAAACUAAAUGUAGUUGACAAGUGCACACCGAGUUUGCACCGACCAGCAAUCACCCGUACUAUCCUGCACACUAUUGACAAUUUACAAUCUGUAACCCAAAGCCAAUUAGCCUGCAAACCUGUACGUCUUUGGGAUGUGGGAGGAAACCAGAGCACCCGGAGUAAACCCACGUGGUCAUGGGGAGAACGUACAAACUCCGUCCAGACAGAACCCAUAAUGAGGAUUGAACUGGGGUCUGGCGCAGUAAGGCAGCAACUCUACCGCUGCGCACCGUGCUGCCCAAAACUUAAACUAAACUGAAAGCUGGGGAUAUUCAGCAGGCCAGGCUGUAUCCGUGGUGAGGGCCAAUCAGAGUUGCUAAUUGUCCUUUCGUCAAUGGUGUCCUGAUCCUGAUUUCCCCCUGGAAUGGUGAAAGGGAGAUAACAUGUGAUCACUCUGGAUGUGAAAUGGAAGACAAGCCAGCGACACAUUCCAGCCUCCUGUUUUCUUUUUGACUUGCAUUGCAUCAGGGAUUAUGCCUCUAAAUUAAUUCAUUGACUGUAAAGUGCUUUGAGACGUUCUAAGGAUGUGAAAUACUAUGAAAUCUUACUGUUUGCACUUCCCUGCGUUAAGCAUUAAACAUUUUAAUGGCUUUCAAAUUC